AUGGCGGCUAACGGUACACCGGUCACGCAGUUCGCCUUGCUUUAUGCUAAUAGAAUGGGCGGUCCUCCUAGCCCUGGCAAGGCAACGAGGAUAACCAGACCCCAAAAAAAGCUAAAAACACGUUCAACAAGACGGCCCCAGUCCUCCGCCCGUCGGUCACGCGCCUCUCCGGUAUCGGGGGCUGCCUCUGCCGACGAGGGGCGAUCAAAUCUCGGAGCAACAGGAUACCAUAGAAACGGACUACGGACGCGCCACGGUGACUGUCUACGUUUCGGAACCCUCAACUGCCGCUCGCUCGCUUCCGAUGCAGCAAAAGAGCAAUUGCUCGCGGCAAACCGAAACGCACUCAUCGACAUAGUGGCGCUCCAGGAAACAAAAUCUCAAGACACCAGCUGUAAGACUUGGCCAAACGGUGAACUUCUCAUCCUCGGCCACAAAGUCCCUGGGAAGAACGUCGGCGGCGUCGGUUUCCUCGUCAAUCGCUCUUCCGACGCAACUACUCUUGCCUCGACCACAUCCACGCCUUGA